AUGAUCCAGCCAGUCCCAGCCCUGUUCGUGGCCCUCGUUCCGGAAGCCAUCGCAGUCGGCAUGGCCUCAGUCGGCAGCGUGGUUCCAGCUGCUGGUUCUGUUGUUGGCGGUGUGGCAGAUGCCAUCGGAACCGCCAACAAUGACAACAAACUGCAUCGUAUCAAGCGCGUACCGCAGGGCGCCGCGGGCAUCUGGGACCAUGUCGUGCGGCUUAUCUUUCCCGAAGUUGAGGUCAGCGAUGUCAUUGAGGAGCCUGGAGUAGCAAGGUCUGUGGACAAUGAGCCGCCUCAGGACAGUGGCGAGGAAGAGUGCAUCAGCCUGCGAGCCCGUCACGGUGCCAUUGCUUCACCUGCCUUGAGCUUCUCCGCGGCCGGGUCUAUCACCUUGGUCGAUCUGGCCAGCCACGAGAAGGCUGACGUCCGGGCCGAUUCAGCUGAAAGCAAGGCCAUCAACACUAGCCUCAUUGCGCUGAUCGAUGCAUUGGGCCAACUCAAGACGGCUCUGCGUAGGGCUGAUUCCGGUGAUAGGAAGGGUCAGACAGAACAAAAGGCUCAGAACAAGGGAAAGAACCAACUGGUGACAGGUUAUUCUGCGGGAAUGUCAACGCCAACCCAGGCGUCCAAAAGUCGGGACAUCAAACAGAUCUGGUCAUCAGAUCUUCUGCCUCGGGUCAUCGGUGCAAUGGUGCUCAGAGGCAGUGAGAGCCGGUCUGUCGACUCAACCAAAAGCUCAGAGAACACGAUGGACUCUUUGAAGGUCUUGGCCCAGGCCAAAUAG